AUGAGCUCCUUUUACCGCCCCUCGACCAAAAACUCGGCAAAGGCCGCCUCAGCAAAGCUCACGCGUGCUGAGCGCGAUGCCCUCGAGGAAAACAACCUUAAUAUUCUUCGCGCCAGCAUCGAGCGCACUCUCUGGUCCCUCGAUCCAGCUUCGCCGUUAGCUGCCGACCUGCACAACCUACAAGACAAGAUCCGCAAACACACCUUGUCUACCCUCCUACAAGAAAAGAAGACGCUGCAAGUUCAAGAGGAUUCAGACGACGAAGAUGACGACGGCGACGACGACGACAAUGCCCUCCCCGAACCAGUCUUUGCCCAGAGCUCACCGUUGCGUCGCGAACUUCCCCGCAGCAGCACCAGGAGAAAUUCGGCCCGUAUGGUGACGAAACUUCCCGAACGACGUCGCCCUGCGCCAGCGCCCCGCGAGCAAAUACUACCCAGCAUCGAAAAGACAAGCUCUGAUCAGGCGUCGGAAGCGAUAACGGUGGCGUCGGCCGUAUUCGACUCGCCCAAUAAAGAACAAAGCGCGACAACGGCUGCGACGAGCGUGAUGGAGGCUGGAGACGAAACAAAGCUGCCCGUGUUCAAAACACCAGCCAAAAAAAGAGCCGCCGAGGAUGAAUACGAUCCGUCACCUGUUGCCAAAAGAGUAAAGACGUGGUUGGGGACACUUACUGGAGGAUAUAUGGAAUAA